CUCAGCUGAGAAAAGGAACCAAAACAUUGCACAACUUUUGACGAGAGGUGUAUAUACAAGGUGAAACUCGGCUGGUUUGUGGGUCUUCAGACUGGGAGGAAGCAAGCUGUAACCUCCAGAACAACUGCUACUCACUCAGGAGACCGAAAGGAGUGUCAAAAUGGGUGUACCUAAAUUUUUUAAGUGGAUCAGCGAGCGGUACCCAUCGCUGAGCGAGGUCGUCAAGGACUAUCAGAUUCCAGACUUCGACAAUUUAUAUUUGGAUAUGAAUGGCAUUAUUCACAUUUGCUCACAUCCAAAUGACAAUGAUCCUCAUUUCCGUAUGACGGAAGAAAAGAUGUUUCAAGACAUAUUCCAUUACAUUGAGGUCCUUUUUCGGCUUGUUCAGCCUAAAGAAGUUUUCUUCAUGGCAGUUGAUGGUGUUGCACCAAGGGCCAAAAUGAAUCAGCAGAGGAGCCGAAGAUUUCGUUCUGCAAGAGAGGCUGUUGAAUGCGAGAAGAAAGCCAGAGAUCGUGGUGAGGUACUACCUUCGGAGGAACGGUUUGAUUCCAACUGUAUCACACCAGGGACAGAGUUCAUGGUGCGAUUGGAUGCUCAGUUGCAGUAUUUUGUAACCUGCAAGAUAUCACAAGACAAGAUGUGGCAGAACUGCAAAGUCAUCUACUCAGGGCAUCAGACUCCUGGUGAAGGAGAGCACAAGAUUAUGGAAUAUAUCCGUUAUUCCAAAUCCCAACCUAAUUACAACCCCAACACAAGGCACUGUCUCUAUGGUCUUGAUGCUGACCUCAUAAUGUUGGGGCUCACGUCUCAUGAACCACACUUCUCAUUACUCAGGGAAGAGGUACGUUUUGGUGGGAAGCAAGAUAACAGUAGAACUCCUACACCAGAAGAAACAACAUUUCACCUCCUUCACCUCAGUCUUAUGAGGGAAUACAUCAAUUUAGAAUUUUAUGACUUACGGGAUUCACUGCCAUUUAAAUACAAUUUGGAAAAUAUUAUUGAUGAUUGGGUGCUUAUGGGAUUCCUUGUUGGAAAUGACUUCAUCCCCCACCUUCCACAUCUCCAUAUAAAUAAGGAAGCAUUACCAAUUCUUUAUAGGACUUACAAGGAGGUAAUGCCAACCCUUGAUGGAUACUUGAAUAAUGGAGGCAAGCUCCAUUUAGGCAGGUUUGAGAAGUUUAUGAAGAAACUUGCUGAAUUUGAUUUAGAAAUCUUUAAUGACACGAAUGCAGACUUAAAGUACUUCGACAGUAAGAGGUCAAAAGGUGACAAAGUCUUCAAGGGCAGACAUCAUAGGGAGAACAAUCUUGAAGCAUUCUUUGGUGAUGAUGAAGGAAAUGAAGAAAAUGGUGCCUUUGGUGCCCUAGAAGAAGAUGCACUGGAUAAUGAAGAAAUAAGGAAAAAGUUUGAGAGACUAGGCAUCCAGCAGGAUCUUAUGUUUGAGGAUGACGAAGAUACAGAUAGUGAGGAGACCAUUUUUGAUGCUGAGUUCCGCCAACAUAAAAGAGAAUACUAUAUGAAUAAGUUAGAAUUUGAACACAUAACGCCACAUGAUUUACGUGAACAGGCAGAGGGUUAUGUCAGAGGAAUACAGUGGAUCCUGAAUUACUAUUAUAAUGGAGUUUGUUCGUGGUCAUGGUAUUAUCCUCAUCACUAUUGUCCAUAUAUAUCAGAUAUAAAGGACUUUUCUAACAUGGAAAUAAAUUUUGAGAUGGGAAAACCCUUUCAGCCUUUCGAGCAACUCUUGGCUGUUUUACCUCCCAUUAGUAUGAAACUUCUUCCUACUGCUUACCAUGACCUCAUGUUGAGUGAGAACUCCCCUCUCAAGAAGUUUUAUCCAGAAACCUUCAGAACUGAUCUCAAUGGGAAACUUCAGGAUUGGGAAGCUGUAGUUCUUAUUCCCUUCAUUGACGAGGAGAAACUUCUAAGUGCUAUGAAACCAUGCAAUGAAAGACUAACCAAAAGGGAAAAAGAACGCAAUUGCCAUGGUCCAAUGUAUAUUUGCACUUACACACCAGAUAAUCUUGGAGAGUACAAGGCACCAGCUUAUUAUCCUCCAGUUGGAGUGAACCAUAACAAAAUGGAGUUAAUCUGUCGAGAAGAAUGGGAACUCCCGCCAGAGAGAAUAUACAAGGGCUUAUGUAAAGGAGUCAUAUUGGAUGCCUAUUUUGCUGGCUUCCCAUCUUUAAAGCACAUUGAUCACACGUAUCAUGUUGCCAAGGAGGGAGUGAGAGUCUUCAUGCAAGCAUCCCGAGAAGAGAGCUAUAUCUUGGAUGUCAAAAGCCCUACUGAGACCCCAGAUCUUAAAGACAUUGCCGAUCAGUUGCUUGGGAAAGUUGUAUUUGUUUCUUGGCCGCAUCUUAAUGAAGCAUUGGUUGAUGCUGUGAGUAACAGUGAGGAAAAAUACACACUUGUCAAAGAUGGAGUGCAGAAGACAGCUGUAACUGAUGGUAUUAAGGAACAGUAUAAUUUAGUCAAGUCAAGUAUUGCAACCACAUAUCAUGACCGCUGGGGCAUUGCGAUUGGGAGUACACAUGUUAUUGUGUAUGCUAAACCCAUGACUGGAAGAAAAUAUGUGGCAUCACCUUGUGGAAGAAUGACUCUAGAAAAAGAAUGGUCCAAUACUAUCCAGCCAUAUGCCUACCAAGUUGUGGUGAAGGAUAUGGCAGUACAAGACUUAGGAUACAGGAAACAGCUGACUCCUCAGGAAUAUUUCCCUCCACGCUCCAAAGUCUUCAUGCUUGGGCAGCCACACUAUGGAUGUAUGGGAGAGGUGAUUGAAAUUGAUCCAAGCCAGAAGGGAAGAAUACGAGUGGCUAUGACAGUGACAACAGACCCAAACCUUGAAGUUGUAAAGCAAAAGGAAAGUCAGCACGUCGAAAGAUACAUGACAGGGAGCCAGGCAGCUCACAGAGCUGGGAUUUAUCAUCAGCUUUUGGCACGGAUAACAGGGACUGUGUUCUUAGCCCCACCUGUUGGUGAUAACCCAAUGGCAGAAAUGGAAACAAGGAAUAAAUUGAACAUAGGUCUUAACCUGAAGAACAAUCGAAGAAAUGAGGAAGUCAUUGGGUAUACUCGCAAGAUACAAGAACAGAGUGAGCGUCCUGUUUGGCUCUACUCAGACAAGGUUAUUGAAGCCAUCAGAGAGUACCAGGAAAAGUUCCCAGAGGUGUUUGAGUACAUGUCACGCAAUUCUGCACAGAGGGACAUCUUCUAUCAAAACGAGAUGUUUCCAGAAAACUUCAAGGAGCGUGUUGCAGAAUUAACCACAUGGCUGAAGAGUGCUGCUUUUGCCAAGGCUGAAAGACAACCAUGUGGUACACAAGCCCUUGGAGAGACAUUAAGUCAGAUGAUCUUGGAAGAGGUUGAUAAAGUAUCUACAAUAAGAGCCAAGGCUGUGAAGAUGCAAGUGCGACCUCAUCUUCUUUUUAAGCCUAAUCCAUACCAAGGAAGUACUCCCCCUGACCGUAGUGUCACUUAUAAGAUGUUUGAUCGAGUUGUCAAUGUGAGGGAGGGCCAUUCCGUCCCACUUGGUGCUAAGGGAACAGUUGUUGGAAUCCAGCCUGCCAGCAAGGAAGCAGAUAUCAUGUAUGAUAUCCUUUUUGAUGAAGCCUUUAAUGGAGGGCUAACUCUCCGUGGCCCUGCUUCAGCAAAGAAGUGUUACAGGCUACACUGGGCAGCAAUGAUAAACAUCUCACAUGGUAGCCGAAUUGCAACUACCUCUCAAAAGCCCCCUGAGAACAGAUGGAACCACUCUCUACAGCAGACAUGGAAUCAGCCAAGCAAACCUACUGGACACUCGCAGUAUCAGCAGAACAGGCAGACGAAUAAGAAUGGACAGUAUUACCAGGAAAGAUGGCAGCAGGAUAGAACUGCAAACAUACACCAGAACCUCCAACCUCACCUGUCACAAGGGGCCAGAGGAAGAGGGGGAACCACUGCUAUGGUGUCUGCAAACUCCCAGUCUCCUCAACCCGGUAAAAACAGUCAGUCCAGUGAUCCUAACAGUCCACAACCUCCAGACCCAAACCA